AUGUCCUGCUCCAGCCUGUGUGCCCCUGCCUGCGGUGUGGCCGCCCCGGCCCCGCUGGCUGACAGCUACAACGAGCCCUGCGUGCGCCAGUGCCCCGACUCCACUGUGCUGAUCCAACCCCCACCCACCAUGGUCACCAUGCCCGGGCCCAUCCUCAGCUCCUUCCCGCAGAACGCUGUAGUUGGCUCAGCAGGAGUCCCCGCCAUCGGAGCAGGCCUGGGUGGCAGCUUUGGACGCAGCGCCGGCUUUGGAGGCCUGGGAGGCUAUGGAGGCUCUUAUGGCCUUGGCGGCAUUGGGGGCUAUGGAGGUUUUGGCAGCUGCGGUUUCGGUGGCUUUCGCCGAGGCUACAGUUCCAUUGGGGGCAGCUGCGGGCCCUGCUAAGCAAAGCACUGCGUCCAGCCACAGUUGAAGGAGAGCUCUGGAGAAACCCCAGCACAUCCCUACCUGACACCAUGAGGAUGGGCUCCCCUUCAGCAUCGCUGGGCUCUGCAGCUUGGACACCUCAUACAUGCACCGGGACCAGCUCUACCUUCCUCUGCUCCAUUUGAUCUUUGCUUCAGGACUUGCUGCCCUCUGAUGAUGCAGCCCAGCUCUGGCUGCCUGCUCCUGUCCCUCUGCAAACUGCAAGGAGAUGGGGAGAGCCUCUGGACAGGGGCUGCCCUUCUGCCUCC